CGCACGUUUCGUAACAGUGCUGAAUAGACCGCGUCCUUGGCUCCAUUAAUAUAAUUCGCUGAUUCUGGUCGCGCGGCAGGACCAGGAUUCCCGAACUCUCGAACGGUCCCUCGAUCGAAGCCGAAGUUUUUGUUCUCGAGGAAAAUCUCUUCGUCCUAUCCGCAUCUGUUUUCCACUCCCGGCCUACGAUGCUCACGGUAAAAUCUAACGCGCGAAACUCGAGAACGCGAUCUGCGAGCUGUCGCAAUCUGUGUUCUAUUUCGCGUUCGUUCCAUCGUGUUCUUCUCAUCUCAGACUGUCGUAAGAACCGUCGCCCGCCGCUCGUUCUCCACGUCAAAAUGGGCAGCAGCGCAGCAGGUGAUUCCGCAUUCUAACCUAAAACCUCAGAUUCCCCGCGACACGCUGUCGACACGCGAAGACGCGCGAUGUCAGCCGGCGCGGACGUUUCCACGCCGAUCGACGGUUGUCCCUUGCAUUCCCCUCGGACUUAGCGACCUGACAUUCCCUUCACAACACGCUUGACGACCGCAUGUCAAAGUAGAGGCUUGAAGGACAUAAAAGGUCACUCACUCGCGGCUCGAUAUUCUCUCAUGGAAAUUUGUGUGGAUGUGCUAGAUGACCGUGCGAGAUGCGCUCAACUCGGCCCUGGAUGAGGAGAUGGAGCGGGAUGAGAAGGUAUUUCUGCUCGGCGAAGAGGUAGCAUUGUACGAUGGUGCCUACAAGGUGUCCCGGGGCCUCUGGAAGAAGUACGGGGACAAACGUGUCAUCGACACGCCGAUCACGGAGGCUGGCUUCACCGGCAUCGCGGUCGGAGCUGCCAUGGCUGGCCUGAGACCAGUCUGCGAGUUCAUGACGUUCAACUUCUCGAUGCAAGCGAUCGAUCACAUCAUCAAUUCCGCCGCGAAGACAUUCUACAUGUCAGCGGGUAGGGUCAACGUGCCGAUCGUGUUCCGCGGGCCGAACGGUGCCGCGGCGGGCGUCGGGGCCCAGCACUCGCAGUGCUUCGGCGCCUGGUACAGCCAUUGCCCGGGCCUGAAAGUGGUGUCACCCUACAACAGCGAGGAUGCGAAGGGUUUGCUCAAGGCCGCCAUAAGGGAUCCCGAUCCAGUGGUGGUGCUGGAGAACGAGAUACUGUACGGCGUGCAGUAUCCGAUGUCUGACCAGGCGCUGUCCAAGGACUUUGUCCUGCCGAUCGGUAAGGCCAAGAUAGAGCGAGUGGGCAAUCACGUGACGCUGGUGGCGCACUCCAAGGCGGUUGAGGAGUCGCUCGAAGCGGCCAACGAGCUCGCCGGCAAGGGGAUCGAAGCCGAGGUGAUCAACCUGCGUUCCCUCAGGCCUCUGGACAUGGACACCAUCAUACAGUCCGUGAUCAAGACGAAACACCUGCUGACGGUCGAGCAGGGCUGGCCGCAGUGCGGUAUCGGCGCGGAGGUCAGCGCGAGGAUUGUCGAGAGUGAAGCUUUCUACCAUCUCGACGCGCCAGUGAUCCGCAUAACGGGAGUCGACACGCCUAUGCCGUAUGCAAAGUCGCUGGAAAUCGCCGCCUUGCCGCAGAUCAGGGACAUAGCGGACGCCGUCAACAAAGUACUGGGAGUGACGCAGUAGUCGCGCUGGCACGCGGCUACCUAGGCAAAGUUAAUGCGUUUCUACGGUUUUCCUAACGCGCUCUGCAGCCACUUCCUGAUCCCCCUCCUGAUUCGCCACGUUUCCACGCCUGACAUAUUUCUACCUCUCGUCCAACUCGAUCGAACGAUAGGAUAAACGCAAAAAGGUAAAUAAGAGAGAGAGAGUAAGUACAAAGUUUUACGUUCUGUAAGGAUAAUAUUCUGUCUCGCAGCCGGCUAGAACACGUGGAAACAUUUCCUUAUAAGUUUGACUCGUGAAACUCUCUCGCGAAGAAGUGUACGUGUCGUGAGGGAAAAACAAAGCAAUCUUGCCGCACGUUUAUUUCACGUUAAUGUGCAAGUGGGACUCUCGGAUGGAUGUAUUCCCUGGAGCUAGCGCGUACGUGUGAUAACGUGUUCUGUAAAUGUAUUCUGUACAUGCUAUUAAUAGGUAGAAUAUGAAUAGACGACGUCGAUAUUAUCGGCACGUGAUAUCGAUUUCGAUCGUACGUGUAAAUACAUAUCUUAGCGGCUAGCGAUACUUUAUCUGUAUAGAAUACUGGAUUCCGAUUGCACAAUUGAUUGCGUUCCGUCGGCGAAUAAUGAUUUAUUUCACUCCAAUUCACGUGGGUCUUCAAUAAAUUUUAUAUUAAACUUCCAAUUAAUUGUUAUUACGCACGAAACGGACUUCGAAUUUACUGCCGUCUCUAUGCAAACUGCCUUUCGCGUCGUAGAGUUCACCGUUUGCUAAUCUCAGUAACUUAUAAGAAAAUGUUAAAUGUGGUAAACAACCACCGCAAUUGUUUGUACGCACGCUGUGUACACGCAUAUGUGUAUCUAACAGCAAAGUUAUAGACAGCAUAUGUAGAUGCUGCAUUUCUUUAAUUAUUUAUUACGGACAAAUUAAUAAAUAAUAAAAUC